GGCGGGGCUGGCGAUCACGUGGUCCCCGCGCCGCCAUCUCUACCUGGGUCUCGUCUCGGCUGUGCGAGGCGCGGAGACCGCACGCCUCCUCCUCAUCCUCGUCGUAAACUUUCUCCUCAUUUCCCCUCCGCGUGACGCUUAAAGAACCAUUACAAUAUCUGGUGCAAGCUUCAUCUCUUUGCAGCUCAUUCUUCUAUUCAGCAAACAUGUAUCGCCCGUACCGCAUGUUUGCGCGGGACGACCGGCAUGCGUUGGCCAAGCACACGGAGGUGUACCCGACGCAGGCCGAGCUGGAGGCCGUCCAAGAGAUGGUGACCACCACCGAGAAGGCGCUGAAGCUCGUGUCUGACUCGAUAGAUCAGACGGACCAGGCGAAGCAGACCACCGAGCAAGUCGACGAGGCCCCGGUCACCGUCAAGGCCGAGCCCGUCGACGUCGCGGUCAAGUCAGAGAAUGGCGAGGAGGCCAGCGAUGGAGAAAAGGAGAAGCCGGCGGAACCCCCGAAGCGUACCUUGCGCGGGGUGAUGCGCGUGGGCAAGGUGGCCAAGGGCCUGCUUCUCACGGGCGACACAGACCUCGAGCUGGUGCUGCUGUGUCGUGAGAAGCCCACGAUUCACCUGCUAAGCCGCGUCUCUGAGAGCCUGCCGGCGCAGCUCAAGGCUGUGAAAAACGAGGAGUUCCUGGUGGAGAUGAAGGCAAACGAGGCGUCUGUGGUAAUCUCACGCCAGACUGAGCCGUUCCUCACCCUCACUGUGACGCUCACCUCACCGCUGGUGCGAGAGGAGAUGGAGCAGCAGGAGGAGGGAGGAGACGGAGAGAAGGUUACCGUAAAGGAAGCUCCGGAUGUAUUGGACAGGCAGCAUUGCCUUAAGGCCCUGGCAUCACUGCGCCGCGCCAAGUGGUUCCAGGCAAGAGCCAGCCCUCUACGCUCCUGCGUCAUCGUUAUUCGACUCCUCCGACACUUGAGUUCAUUCGACCCGGCAUGGGAGCCCCUAAACGGCUGGGCGUUGGAGCUAAUUUGCGAAAAAGCGAUGGGAACGUGCAAUCGUCCGAUGGGAGCCGGCGAGGGCUUGCGACGCGUCAUGGAGUGCCUAUCUUCUGGCCUCCUCAUGCCAGAUGGCCCCGGCCUGGGCGACCCCUGCGAGAAGGUCGCCACUGAUGUCCUGAGCGACCUCAGCGUACAGCAGCUUGAGCAGCUCACCUUCAGUGCCCAGAACUACCUGCGAAACAUGGCCUUCGGACAUGUGCACAAGGUCUUGGGCAUGGAGUCUCUGACGUACGUCAGGCCCCAAUAUCGCAAGGUGCCAAAGGACGACACCUUGGACCCACAGGCGCACGCGGACUCGCCCUCGUUGGUGCCCCUGAAGCGCCCCUUGGAAGACGGGAAUUUGGACGUCGUCCUGGGCAGCAAGAAGCUGCGUGACCGGCGUAAAGGUCUGCCAGACAACGACUCGAUGCUCAACUCCAACGCCCUGAUGCGCCUCAACAAGUACUACCCUGGCCUGCAGUACAAGCUGGUGACGCAGUCGGGCCCCGUGCACGCGCCUACCUUCACCAUGAGCACCACGGUAGAGGGCAAGGAGUACACGGCCGACGGGCCCUCCAAGAAGCACGCACGCCUCAACGUGGCCGAGCAGGUCUUGAAGGACCUGGGUUACGACACACUUGAACUCGACCAGAAGUCUGAGCCUACGGAGCAGAAUGCGUCCACACUCGAGGACUCGGGCACUCCGACUGGCGCCUCCGUCAGCACCACCGAGUCGGGCAAGCAGCUCCCUGUCCUCACCCCGAAUGGGAAGAACCCCAUCAUGGAGCUCAACGAGAAAAGGAAGGGCCUCAACUACGUGGUCGUGUCGGAGACCGGCGGCAGCCACGACAAGCAGUUCGUCAUCGAGGUGGAGGUGGACAGCCAGAAGUUCCAGGGGACCGGCUCCAACAAGAAGGUGGCCAAGGCCAACGCCGCACUCGCAGCCAUCACGGCCCUCUUCACCGGGCCCAACGCUGCCGGCGCCGAUCACCAUCACAUCUCCAGCGGUGACCCUUUCAGGGGGCGGUCUCGCGGUCGUGGCCGAGGUCGUGGUCGAGGAUUCUUCAGAGGAGCGAUGUUUGGACGUGGAGGCAUGGGCCCUGCCGGUCUAGCGGGCGCGUACAGUCAGUCCUACGCCUUCGGAUCCAUGGAGAAGCCCUCAUACGAUUUUGCGUCGGAGGCCAGCUUCGAGAGCACGGGGGAGACUGUGGUGCAACUGGGUGUGAGCGUUCCUCGCUCGGGGCCGGGGGGCGGCGGCGGCGGCGGCGGCAAGCCACACGGCCCGCCGUACGGGAGUUACUACUAAAGCGGCCGGCGGCCCUCCGUCGGCAUCCUAAACCCACGAUAACGUGCGCUACCCGCCUAACGCUCGCCCUGGCGCCGCCUGCCGCCCGUGCGCGCGUCCCCCCCCCACCUCCGGUGAUCGCCGCAGCGGCGCUUUUGUGCCGAGCGUAGGUGUGAGGGGUUAGGAGGAGGAUGAGUUGCAGGCAGGGGGAGGUGGUGGCAGCUGUGAUGGUUGUUGUUGUGGUAGUGGUGGUGGUGGUGAUGGCUUGGCCAUUCCUUGCUUAGGGAAAAUUGGUUUUUUGAGAAGGUCAUUUGUGAAUGCGGUAGUUCAGCUGUGCUGCAAGUUACUGUGCGUCUGUGUGCGUGUGUUCCUUGCCUGUGUGUGUGUGUGCGUGCGUGCACGCGUGCUCUGUCUUGCACUGGUCUUUUGUAAGAUGUUUGGCAGCUGGCAUGUCCCGUACGCUGCUAGAUCUACGCAACGUAACGCACCAACCUUGCACCACCUCCUCUUCCUCCCCACCCUGCAGUAGCCGGGUUUGCCCCGCCCUCGGCGUUAGGCAUGUGACCAUUAACGAAUCGUCAAUUAAAAUCUCAACGCUCGUAGAUUACGCGCGUGUACGUAAUAGGUUCUUACAAAUAAUGUGGCCAUUGACGAUGACGAUACAUUAUCCCCUAAGUAGCACAGUGGAAUGGGUUGAAGUAGCGACUUCAAACUUUUUAUGACAAAUCGGAUCAUGUGGUGUGCGGGGGAGUGAAGCAUCGCGUGGCCUACGAGGCAGGCGUGCCUCGCGUUUUUACUCGCGCUGCACCGACGGACGCUGCUGCCACUGGCCACAUUGCGACCGAUGGGCCAAGUCCUCGGUGGCAUUCCCGUGCACGACCACCCGUCGUGGUGGAAGGGGGGGGCAGCAGUAGGAAUGUGGGUGCGAGACCUCGCGAUCACCCCUCCCCCCCCAUGCAUGUCCUAUCGACCGUCCAGCUCUCCGCACGGUUUUAUCCAAACCGGUGUCAUUAUUCUCUUCGUUUAACGUAGGCGACAUAGUCGAAAGGUUGCUGUUUUAAGACCAUUGCUAUCAUCCGACCUGCUAGUGGCAUGAUAAUUGGGGUGCCUUUUGGAAUACUUUUUAUUUUAUUUUACGCAUGGUCUUGCAGACCCUCGUCUCGUCGUGGGGACAGUUGUGUUUGCAAGAGCGCAGUACCAUGUCUCAACGCUUUUGUGACGUUCUUCGCAAGGAGAGGUUGCAACUCCGUCAAGGAUAUGAAGGAUGAAAGGAUGCUUUCCUUCCCGACACUUUUUUCGGCAAACUCAGACGUUCUCUUAUAUUCGUAUAAGUUACAGUUGUAUUGUUUGCCGUUUUUAAUAUUUUCAUUUGACGUACUCCCUGAUUUUCGGUGUGCGCGUUUUUUUGUACGACUUACCAAGUGGAUUUUGCGUUGAGGAAGGGGACCCACUGUCCGCUCGGGGUCCUGACGUCCGCCGGUGGCUCACGGCUCCCGUUUGAGGAGGAUACGAAGUCCGUUUCUGUUUUUUUUUUCCCUCGGGGGACAAGUGCCAGGUAGAUGACAGGAAGAUGCAGUCUAAGAGGAAUAAAGGAUUCUUGUUACUGA